AAGGGGCCGCGCGCGGCGAGCGAGGGGCGCGUCUACUUUCGGUUCGCGCGGGGGGCGCGGGGCACGUGGCGGGACCCCUCCCCUCCCCCCCCUCCCGGGGCCCCCCGAGCGGGACGGGACCAGCGGGACGCGGCUGCCAUGGCUGAGGAGGAGCUGGGGAGCAGAGCUGCCAGGAAGGGCACGCUGUCCCCUGGCAGUGCCCAGGGCGGUGCCAGCGAGUCCAGCACGCUGCUGCAGGAGCUCCGGGGCAGCAUCUCCAGCAGCUCCUCGCUGGAGCUGAGCGCGCUGGGCACGGCCGAGCACAUGCACGCCUGCAGCUGGAUCCGCAACCACCUGGAGGAGCACACGGACACCUGCCUGCCCAAGCAGGACGUCUACGACGCCUACAAGCGCUACUGUGACAACCUGGGCUGCCGCCCGCUGAGCACGGCCAACUUUGGCAAGAUCAUCCGCGAGAUCUUCCCCAACAUCAAAGCCCGGCGCCUGGGGGGCCGUGGCCAAUCCAAGUACUGCUACGGCGGGAUCAGGAGGAAGACCGUGGUCAGCCUUCCUCCCCUGCCCAGCCUGGAUCUCAAAGUGACCGAGACCCAGGCGGAGCUGGCCGAGCUGGCGCAGUCCUACAGCAGCGAGGUGACCGAGGCCGCGUGUGCCCUGACGUGCGACUGGGCCGAGAAGAUCCUGCGCCGCUCCUUCAACAACAUCGUGGAGGUGGCGCAGUUCCUGCUGCAGCAGCACAUCAUCAGCCCCCGCUCCGCCCACGCCGACCUGCUCAUGGCCAUGGUGCUCUCAGAAAACACGGACAAGCCCCCCCAGGACCCUCGUCCCCCCGCCGCCCCCAAAAAGAACGUCGCGGACCCCUCGGAGGGCAGCCAGGAGCAGGUGAGACCCCCCGGCCCCUGUCCCGAGCCCGGCGGGCGCCCAGCGGCGACCCCGGCCCGGUGCCACCUCCCCGCCUCGCCGCAGGCCAAGAAGGACGCCGUGGCCCGGGUCCCCGCGCCGCCGCGGCCGGACAAGAAGAAGCCCCCGGAGGCGGCUCGGGCGGGCCCCAGCCCGCAGGUGAACGCGCUGGUGGCGCGGCUGCCGCCGCUGCUGNNGCCGCGCCUCGGCGGCACCGUCAAGGUGGCGCUGCCGCUGCCCGUGGGCGCCGCGCUGGCCCCGGGCGGCGCCGCCAUCCCCGUGCUCAACGUGCUGCUGCCCGGCCUGGGGGUCCCCGCGGCAGAGACCCCCGGCGGCGGCGCCCGCGCGGGAGGGGAGGGCGAGGGACAGCGCGGCAAGGGCACCAAGCGUGCCCUGGAGGGAGGAGGGGACGGCGCCGCGCACAAGAGGAGGCGCGGGAGGCCCCGCAAGAGGCCGGGGGACGCCGCGGGGUCGGUCGAGGACGGGGAGGUCCCCAAGGGGGAUGAGGGCGGGGAUUCGCCCCCAGGGGCGUCACCCGGGGGUGGCAGUGCCACCGUGCCCGCGGGGGACAGGGGCGUCGAUGCUGCUGAGGGUGGUGGGGACAGCAUGGAGGUGGACAGUGACACGGUGGCUGGGGGGGACAGCCCGGUCAGUGGCAGUGCCACCACCCCCCUUGGGGACAGCUCAGUCAAUGACAGCGUCCCUGGUGGUGGCUCUGCUGGCAGUGCCACUGUCCCCAUUAGUGACAGCUCAGUCAAUGGCAGUGCCACCACCCUCCUUGGGGACAGCUCAGCUGGGGGCAGUGCCACUGUUCCCCUUGGGGACAGCCCAGUCAGUGUCAGUGCCACUACCCCCCUUGGGGACAGCCCAGUCAAUGGCAGUGCCACCACCCCCCUUGGGGACAGCCCGGCUGGGGGCAGUGCCACUGUCCCCCCUAGGGACAGCUCAGUCGGUGGCAGUGCCAGUUUCCCCAGUGGUGGCUCUCCUGGUGGUGGCAGUGACAUUGUCCCUGUCAGGGACAGCCCAGCCAGGGUCAGUGACACUGGGGACAGCCCAGCCAGGGACAGUGACACUGGGGACAGGCCAGUCGCUGGCAGUGCCACUGUCACUGUCAGGGACAGCCCAGCCAGGGUCAGUGACACUGGGGACAGCCCAGCCAGGGACAGUGACACUGGGGACAGGCCAGUCGCUGGCAGUGCCACCAUCCCUGUCAGGGACAGCCCCUCCAGGGUCAGUGACACUGGGGACAGCCCAGCCAGGGACAGUGACACUGGGGACAGGCCAGUCGCUGGAAGUGCCACUGUCCCUGUCAGGGACAGCCCAGCUGGUGGCAGUGCCACUGCAGCAGUCAAGGACAGUCUGGCCAGGGGCAGUGCCACCACUGGGGACAGCCCAUGCCGGGGUAGUGUCAACAUCCCUGUCAGGGACAGCUCACCCAUGGCCAGUGACACUGGGGACAGGCCGGUCACUGGCACUGCCACCACUGGGGACAGGCGGGUCGCUGGCAGUGCCACCAUCCCUGUCAGGGACAGCCCCUCCAGGGUCAGUGACACUGUGUGGGACAGGCCAGUCACCAGGAGUGCCACCAUUCCCAGCAGGGACAGCCCAGCUGGUGGCAGUGGCACUGUCCCUGUCAAGGCCAGUCCAUCCAGGGGCAGUGCCACCACUGGGGACAGGCCAGUCAGUGGCAGUGCCACCAUCCCUAUGAGGGACAAGCCAGUCUCUAGCAGUGGCACUGUCCCUAGGAGGGACAGCUCUCCCAGGGGUAGUGGCCCUGGGGACAAACAGGUGACUGGCAGUGCCACCAUCCCUGUCAGGGACAGCUCAUCCCGGGGCAGUGGCAGUGUCCCCAGGAAGGACAGCCCCUCCAGGUCCAGUGGCACUGGGGACAGGCCAGUUACUAGGAGUGCCACUGUCCCUGUCAAGGACAGGCCAGUCAGGGGCAGUGCCACCAGUGGGGACAGCCUGGCUGGUGGCAGUGCCACUGUCCCUGUCAAGGAUGGUACAUGCCAGGCCAGUGGCACUGUUGGGGACAAGCCGGUCACCAGGAGUGCCACCAUUCCCAUCAGGGACAGCCCAGCUGGUGGCAGUGGCACUGUCCCUGUCCCUGUCAAGGCCAGCUCAUCAAGGGCCAGUGCCACCAUCCCUGUCAAGGACAAGCCUGUCACUGGCAGUGCCACCAUCCCUGUCAGGGACAGCUCAUCCUGGGGCAGUGCCACUGUCCCCGGGCAGGACAGCUCGCACAGGGCCAGUGGCACUGGGGACAGGCCGGUCACCAGGAGUGCCACUGUCCCUGCCAGGGACCGCCCAGCUGGUGGCAGUGGCACUGUCCCUGUCAAGGCCAGUCCAUCCAGGGGCAGUGCCACCACUGGGGACAGGCCAGUCAGUGGCAGUGCCACUGUCCCUGUCAGGGACAGCUCAUCCCAGGGCAGUGGCACUGUUGGGGACAAGCCGGUCACCAGGAGUGCCACUGUUACCAGCAGGGACAGCCCAGCUGGUGGCAGUGGCACUGUCCCUGUCAAGGACAGCUCACCCAGAGCCAGUGCCACUGGGGACAAGCCUGUCACUGGCAGUGCCACCAUCCCUGUCAGGGACAGCUCAUCCCGGGGCAGUGCCACUGUCUCCAGGCAGGACAGCUCGCCCAGGGUCAGUGGCACUGGGGACAGGCCGGUCACCAGGAGUGCCACUGUCCCUGCCAGGGACCGCCCAGCUGGUGGCAGUGGCACUGUCCCUGUCAAGGACAGCUCACCCAGAGCCAGUGCCACUGGGGACAAGCCUGUCACUGGCAGUGCCACCAUCCCUAUGAGGGACAAGCCAGUCUCUAGCAGUGCCACUGUCCCUAGGAGGGACAGCUCUCCCAGGGGCAGUGGCCCUGGGGACAGACAGGUGACUGGCAGUGCCACCAUCCCUGUCAGGGACAGCUCCUCCAGGGGCAGUGGCAGUGUCCCCAUCAGGGACAGGUCACCCAGGUCCAGUGGCAGUGGGGACAGGCUGGGCAGGGGCAGUGCCACCACUGGGGACAGGCCAGGCAGGAGCAAUGCCACCGUCCCUGUCAGGGACAGGUCACCCAGAGACAGUGGCACUGGGGAGAGGCCAGGCAGGGGCAGUGCCACUGUCCCCAUCAGGGACAGCUCCAACAGUGGCAGUGCCACUGUCCCUGUUAAGGACAGGUCAGCUAGAGCCAGUGCCACCACGGGGGACAGGUCAACCUCUGGCAGUGCCACAACGGGGGACAGGUCAGUCUCUGGCAGUGCCACCAUCCCUGUUAAGGACAGCUCAUCCAGGGCCAGUGACAUUAGGGACAGGCCAGUCAGUGGCAAUGCCAUCAUCCUUGGCAGGGACAGCGCAGCCAGGGGCAGUGCCACCCCUGGGGACAGGCUGGGCAGGAACAGUACAACCCCUGGGGACAGGCCGGGCAGGAGCAGUGCCACCGUCUCUGCCAGGGACAAGCCGGUGCCUGGCAGUGCCACCAUCGCUGUCAGGGACAGCUCACCCAGGGCCACUGCUGGGGACAGGGCAGUGAGGAGCAGUGCCACCCCUGGGGACAGGCUGGGCAGGAGCAGUGCCACUGCUGGGGACAGACUAAGCAGGGGCAGUGGCAGUGUCCCCAUCAGGGACGGUGUCCCCAUCAGUGUCCCCAUCAGGGACAGGUCACCCAGAGCCAGUGGCAGCGGGGACAGGCUGGGCAAGGGCAGUGCCACCGUUCCCAUCAGGGACAGGUCACUCAGAGACAGUGGCAGUGGGGACAGGCCGGGCAGGGGCAGUGCCACCACUGGGGACAGGCUGGUCACUGGCAGUGGCACUGUCCCCAUCAGGGACAGGUCACCCAGGGCCAGUGGCACUGGGGACAGGCCGGGCAGGAGCAGUGCCACUGUCCCUGCCAGACACAGCCCAGCUGGCAGCAGUGGCACGGUCAGGGACGUGCCAGUCUCUGGCACUGCCACUGUCCCCAUCAGGGACAGCUCAUCCAGGGGCACUGCCACUGUCCCCAUUGAGGACAGCCUGGCCACUGGCACUGCCACUGUCCCUGUUGGGGACAGGCUGGUCACUGACAGUGGCACUGUUGGGGACAGGCUGGUCAGUGGCAGUGGCACCGUUGGGGACAGGCUGGUCACUGACAGUGGCACCAUCAGGGACAGGCUGGUCAGUGGUAGUGGCAUCGUUGGGGACAGGCUGGUCAGUGGCAGUGGCAUCGUUGGGGACACGCUGGUCACUGACAGUGGCACCAUCAGGGACAGGCUGGUCAGUGGCAGUGGCACCGUUGGGGACAGGCUGGUCACUGACAGUGGCACCCUUCCUGGCAGGGACUGUCCCUCCAGGGACAGUGGCACUCCUGGGGACAGGCCAGUCUCCGGCAGUGCCACUGUCCCGGUCAGGGACAGCCUAUCCAGGAGCACUGCCACCAUCGUGGACACGCCUGUCACCGGCAGUGCCACCCUCCCUGUCAGUGACAGCCCAUUCUGGGCCAGGGGCGCUGCUGGGGACAGCACUGCCACCGUCCCCAGCAGGGACUGCCCGUCCAGGGGCACUGCCACCAUCGUGGACGCGCUGGUCACUCUCAGUGGCACUGUGAUGGACAGGAGGAUCCUGGGCAGUGUCACCGUGCCCGUCAGGGCCAGCCUGUCCAGGGGCACGGCCACCAUCGUGGACACGCCCGUCUUCGUCAGUGCCACCGUCCUCGUGGGGGACUCCAUCCCCAGGGUCACUGCCACCAUCGUGGAGUCCAGGGUGCCCGGCCCUGCCACCCUCCCCCCUGGGGACACGCUGGCCUAUGGCAGUGCCACCGUCCCUGUCAGGGAGUGCCCGACUGGGGACAGUGCCACUGUUCCUGACGGGGACUGGCCAGGCAGGGACGGUGCCACCGUCCCCAUCAGAGAGGGCCCAUCCAGGGACAGUGCCACCAUCCCUGCUGGGGACAGCCCAGCUGGUGGCAGUGCCACCAUCCCUGUCAGGGAGUGCCCGUCCAGGGACAGUGCCACCCCUGGGGACAGGCACGUCACUGGCAGUCCCCCCAUCAUGGACACACCAGUCAGUGGCAGUGCCACCAUCCCUGUCAGGGACUGCCCGUCCAGGGGCAGUGGUGGCACCCUCGGGGACAGGCCUGGCAGUGGCAGUGGCAGUGGCGCCCUCGGGGACAGGCCCGUCACUCCCGUCCGCGUCAGCGUCAUCAGGGAUGGCAGGACGGGCACCAGGGUGGCACCGGAGGCCGUGGCACAGCGGGGACACAGCCGGGCCGGGUCCCCCCUGGGGGACACGCGGGGACAGUCCUGCUCCGGACACCGCGAGGGACACACGAGGGCGGGCACAGGGAGGGGGUCCCCUGCGUCACACCAGUAAAAACCAGUAAA